CAAGAUGAAUAGAGAGGAACAAUGCUACAGUUGAGAAAGCAAAACAAGAGAAAAUUUAUCAAAAUCAAAUCGAAUAAUCGUUUUUUGAUGUGCCAAUUCAAUAAUUGGUUCUAAACAACGAACAAGCUUAUGAUAAGGGCAAUUUAUCACAAAAAAAGAAGCAAUCGCGAAGCGGCACUUGACAGAACGUGACUUGUGGCACGGUGACAACACGAACGAAAACAAACUCCUGCAGAGCAACAUCUCCUAAAACCGGCCGGCAUCCAUCACGCAGAAGAACUAAAAAUGACCGAUUCCGUUGUUUCCAACCGACACAAGGACUGUUUACCCUGUCGCCUAGUUAGCGGAUUCGGUGUAAUCGGCAUGGGCGUCUACAUAGCAGUGCAGGCACAGAAAAGAACGAAACCGCUUGGCCGCUUCACCAUGCUGGGCAUUGCCGCCGUCGCCGGCAGCAUAGGCAUUGCACGCCUAGCCGAUGUGUACCCCUUUGGCGAAAGAGUGCAGAAAUAGGUUUUUCAGUUUAAGUUGAGUUGAGUUUAGUAUUAAAAUAAAAGAUCCUCCUUUCACCCCGAGCUCCGUUGUGUCACAAUAAAAAAAAUUUAA